CACCUUCUUGCCUCCCUCCUUCUCUCUCCUCAGUCACAUCGAGACAGAGAGAUCUAAUUUAUUUUUGAUUCUCAAUUUCAUUCGUUAUUCCAACUCAAAUUAGCUAUAAUUCUGGUUCAGAUCUAUUUUAUACCAUUUCUAACAAAUUAACCCACACAUUGCGAUCUGGUUGUUUCCUAUUUCGAUUUCCAGAUCCGACCAUGGAUUUCAUGAAGGUGAUCGAUCAAACUGUCCGUGAAAUAAAGAGGGAGGUGAAUUUGAAAGUCCUCAAGGUGCCUGAGAUCGAGCAAAAGGUACUGGAUGCAACGGAUGAUGAACCUUGGGGUCCUCAUGGUACUGCAUUGGCAGAAAUUGCGCAGGCCACAAAAAAGUUCUCUGAAUGUCAGAUGGUUAUGAAUGUUCUUUGGACAAGAUUGACUGAAACUGGCCAUAAUUGGCGUUACGUCUACAAGGCAUUGGCUGUUAUAGAGUAUUUGGUGGCCCAUGGAUCUGAACGUGCAGUUGAUGACAUAAUAGAACAUACUUUCCAGAUAUCGUCUCUCGCAAGUUUUGAAUAUGUUGAGCCAAGUGGGAAGGAUCUGGGAAUCAAUGUGAGGAAGAAGGCAGAAAACAUCGUGUCUCUUUUGAAUGAUAAAGAUAAGAUUCAAGAAGUUAGAAAUAAAGCUUCUGCAAACCGUGACAAGUACGUUGGACUUUCAUCGUCUGGAGCAUAUAAGUCAGGUUCAUCCUCAUUUAGCAGCAGCAGCAGCUUCCAGAGUAGUGGUCGGUAUGGAGGAUUUGGAAGUACAAGAGAUGCUGAUAUAUCAGGCGAUAAUUAUAAAAACGGGGAUAGUGAUAGAAACCAGGUUAAAUUUGGUGAAGAUAGGUUUGACCAUGGUACAUCUGUUAAGUCACGUCGAGGGGUUACAGGCGAUAACAAAGGGAACUCCUCGAGGAAGGGGUCUUCUCAUUAUGGCAGAACGGGUCAAGACACUUCGGCAGCAGAUGCAUCAAAGUCAACAGCAAAGAAAAGUGAUUCAGACAAGUAUGCUUCAAUUCCCUCACAAAGUUCUAAUGCACCUGCAAACAAUUAUGAGGACGAUUUUGACGAUUUUGAUCCUCGGGGAACUUCAAGUGCUCAGCCAAAUGCUGGAAGCUCUAACCAAGUGGAUUUGUUUGGACAAAGUUUGGUUGGUGACCUGUUGGAUGUGCCGGCACCAGUUUCCACAAACAUGUCUUCAGUGAAUAUUAAAACACCGGAGGUAGAUUUGUUUGCAGAUGCCACUUUUGUAUCUGCACCAUCCCAUGUAGAAGCGGGGGGAAGUUUUGAGGCUCAGACCAAGGUUGAUCUAUUUGCCUCUCAACCUGCCUCUUCCUCUGCAGUUUCUUCAACGGUCGACUUUUUUGCUGUUCCUGAUCCAGUUGUACAGCCUGAGAAUAAAUCUUUAAAAUCUGAUCCUGAGGCGACUAGCACAAUUGAUCCAUUUGCAUCCGUUCCGCUGAACAGUUUUGAUGGGUCCAAUCUUUUUGGUGCAUUCACAUCUAAUAGUGAUUCAGUGUCGACAGAACCCUCACAAAAUCCUGUCGAUGAUGGCAGCCAUAGUAUCAUGAAUGAAAAGUCUUCAGUCGAUUCUAUGCCUCCACCAAAGAAAGAUUCUUUCCAAGUUAAAUCUGGAAUAUGGGCAGAUUCUCUGAGCCGAGGACUAAUUGAUCUUAACAUAACUGCACCGAAGAAGGUAAAUCUGGCAGAUGUCGGUGUCGUGGGUGGUUUGACUGAUGGAUCAGAUGAAAAGGAUAAGGGACCUCUAGCCUCAUUUUACAUGGGCAGAGCCAUGGGUGCAGGAUCUGGACUUGGUAGAUCUGGAUCUGGGUUCACAUCCACAGCAACAGGUGGAGAUGACUUCUUCUCAAGCUUUAGUAGCCAACAAUACCAAUUUGGUAGCCUCAAGAAAUAAUUUGUUUCGCUUUCCCAAUUUUUUCACCCAUUUUUCUCUUGAUAUUCCUUGUGUAUUUUCGAGUGAUUGGUCUUGUGCAUGUUGGUGUGUUCGUUCUUGUAUACAUGGAAAAGAUCUGGUGUAUCCAAGAGUGUCUUCGCUGCUGGUCGGGAUAUUUGAGAAGUUUUGUUGAUGUACUAGUAAUUACCUUUGUGAUACCAAAAAUCGAAUAUUGAUCGUGCA